AUGCAUAAUCUCUGCUCGGCUACCGUAUACUCCGGGCUCGACCGGAAAGUGGUUGACGGGGGCUCUUCCCUGCCGCUGUUCCCCCCGUUGAUGGUGGCAAUCCCGUCGCUGCUCUCCAGCCUAUCAUCACACCACAUCCUUCGCCCACACAUGACCACCGCCCACUUUAAGCCCAUCCCCAACAAUGAACGUUGUGGG